GCCGAAUGUUCCCGCGGUGGGCUCCGCCCCCCGGCCAAUCGGACCGGCUCUCGCUGGAGCCCCGAUUCUCUUUGUUCCGCAGCCAUUUCAGGCCCGGGGCUAGAGGCAUCGCCGCUUCGGCAGAGGGCCCAAGGCCGGAGGCCUCUGGGAUGGUGUGGGACCGGCAAACCAAAAUGGAGUAUGAGUGGAAACCUGACGAGCAAGGGCUUCAGCAAAUCCUGCAGCUGCUGAAAGAGUCCCAGUCUCCAGACACCACCAUCCAGAGAACCGUGCAACAAAAACUGGAACAACUCAAUCAAUAUCCAGAUUUUAACAACUACCUAAUUUUUGUUCUGACAAAAUUAAAAUCUGAAGAUGAACCCACAAGAUCAUUGAGUGGUCUCAUUUUGAAGAAUAAUGUUAAAGCACAUUUUCAGAACUUUCCAAAUGGUGUAACAGACUUUAUUAAAAGCGAAUGUUUAAACAAUAUUGGUGACUCCUCUCCUUUGAUUAGAGCCACUGUAGGUAUUUUGAUUACAACCAUAGCCUCCAAAGGAGAAUUGCAGAAUUGGCCUGACCUCUUACCAAAACUUUGUAGCUUACUGGAUUCUGAAGAUUACAACACUUGUGAGGGAGCGUUUGGUGCCCUUCAGAAGAUAUGUGAAGAUUCUGCUGAGAUUUUAGAUAGCGAUGUUUUAGAUCGUCCUCUCAACAUCAUGAUUCCAAAAUUCUUACAGUUCUUCAAGCACAGUAGUCCAAAAAUAAGAUCCCAUGCUGUUGCAUGUGUCAAUCAGUUUAUCAUCAGCAGGACCCAAGCUCUGAUGUUGCACAUUGACUCUUUCAUUGAGAAUCUCUUUGCGUUAGCUGGGGAUGAAGAACCAGAGGUACGGAAAAACGUGUGCCGGGCACUUGUGAUGUUGCUUGAAGUUCGGAUGGAUCGCCUGCUUCCUCACAUGCAUAAUAUAGUUGAGUACAUGCUGCAGAGGACCCAAGAUCAAGAUGAAAAUGUUGCUCUAGAAGCCUGUGAAUUUUGGCUCACUUUGGCAGAGCAACCAAUAUGCAAAGAUGUGCUUGUAAGGCACCUUCCUAAGUUGAUUCCUGUGUUAGUGAAUGGCAUGAAGUACUCAGAUAUAGACAUCAUCCUACUUAAGGGUGAUGUUGAAGAAGAUGAAACGAUUCCUGAUAGUGAACAGGAUAUAAGGCCACGUUUUCAUCGAUCAAGGACAGUGGCUCAGCAGCAUGAUGAAGAUGGCAUUGAAGAAGAAGAUGACGACGACGAUGAAAUUGAUGAUGAUGAUACAAUUUCUGACUGGAAUCUAAGAAAAUGUUCUGCCGCUGCCCUAGAUGUUCUUGCAAAUGUGUAUCGUGAUGAGCUUUUGCCACAUAUUUUGCCCCUUUUGAAAGAAUUACUUUUUCAUCAUGAAUGGGUCGUUAAAGAAUCGGGCAUCUUGGUUUUAGGAGCAAUUGCUGAAGGUUGCAUGCAAGGCAUGAUUCCAUACUUGCCUGAGCUCAUCCCUCACCUUAUUCAGUGCCUCUCUGAUAAAAAGGCUCUUGUGCGUUCCAUAACAUGCUGGACUCUGAGCCGUUAUGCACACUGGGUAGUCAGCCAGCCCCCAGACACGUACCUGAAGCCAUUAAUGACAGAAUUGCUAAAGCGUAUCCUGGAUAGCAACAAGAGAGUACAAGAAGCUGCCUGCAGUGCCUUUGCUACCCUAGAAGAGGAGGCUUGUACAGAACUUGUUCCUUACCUUGCUUAUAUACUUGAUACUUUGGUCUUCGCAUUUAGCAAAUACCAACAUAAGAACUUGCUCAUUCUUUAUGAUGCCAUAGGAACGUUAGCAGAUUCAGUAGGACAUCAUUUAAACAAACCAGAAUAUAUUCAGAUGCUAAUGCCUCCGCUGAUCCAGAAAUGGAACAUGUUAAAGGAUGAAGAUAAAGAUCUCUUCCCCUUACUUGAGUGCCUGUCUUCAGUUGCCACAGCCCUGCAGUCUGGCUUCCUUCCAUACUGUGAACCUGUAUAUCAGCGAUGUGUAAACCUAGUACAGAAGACUCUUGCACAAGCCAUGCUGAACAAUGCUCAACCAGAUCAAUAUGAAGCUCCAGAUAAAGAUUUUAUGAUAGUGGCUCUUGAUUUACUCAGUGGCCUGGCUGAAGGACUUGGAGGCAACAUUGAACAGCUAGUGGCCCGGAGUAACAUUCUAACACUAAUGUAUCAGUGCAUGCAGGAUAAAAUGCCAGAAGUUCGACAGAGUUCCUUCGCCCUGUUAGGUGAUCUGACAAAAGCUUGCUUUCAGCAUGUUAAGCCUUGUAUAGCUGAUUUCAUGCCAAUAUUGGGAACCAACCUAAAUCCAGAGUUCAUUUCAGUCUGCAAUAAUGCCACUUGGGCAAUUGGAGAAAUCUCUAUUCAAAUGGGUAUAGAGAUGCAGCCUUAUAUUCCUAUGGUGUUGCACCAGCUUGUAGAAAUCAUUAACAGACCCAACACACCAAAGACGUUGUUAGAGAAUACAGCAAUAACAAUUGGUCGUCUUGGUUACGUUUGUCCUCAAGAGGUGGCCCCCAUGCUACAGCAGUUUAUAAGACCCUGGUGCACCUCUCUGAGAAACAUAAGGGACAAUGAGGAAAAGGAUUCAGCAUUCCGUGGCAUUUGUACCAUGAUCAGUGUGAAUCCCAGCGGAGUAAUCCAAGAUUUUAUAUUUUUUUGUGAUGCUGUUGCAUCAUGGAUUAACCCAAAAGAUGAUCUGAGAGACAUGUUCUGUAAGAUCCUUCAUGGAUUUAAAAAUCAAGUUGGGGAUGAAAAUUGGAGGCGUUUCUCUGACCAGUUUCCGCCUCCCUUAAAAGAGCGUCUUGCAGCUUUUUAUGGUGUUUAACCUCAUACACUUAAGCUGCAGUUCCAUAAUUAGGGGUCCUUCAGUCUCGGAGACUAUGAGGGAGCCUCUGCACCCAGGGAAAAUGUUACCCUUUACAGGGGGGAAGGGUAAACCAGUAGGGAAUACAGUACAAUCCCAACCCUACUGGGAGGGGCGGGAGGGAGGUGUUGCCGUCACUGUAUUAAGUCGCUGUUGGGAAACGUUUUAACAUCUGGAGCCUUUGUGGGUGGAAAUCUGUCUUCAGUUACAACUCCGCACUGGAUGUGAAGAAGCAAAAACUAUUCAGUCUACUCACAAAACAGUACAUUCUGGAAUAUUAUGGGGAACUGUACCAAAACAAGAACCAUAUAAAUGAUGCAUAGAGAUAAAGAGAGAGGGAAAUUUCUAUAGCGCACAAUAAAGGAAACCUAAGAAAGGGGGUUACAAACAGUAAAGAAGCUUUUUUUUUAUUUUUAAUUUAAAAGUUUUUUUAAAUAAAUUUUCCCACACUAUGGGGACUUGUUUUUGCAUGCUGAUAAAGAACUACACAAAUGAAGCUAAUAGAAUUAAAAUCAGCUUGCCAACCCAUAGUAGAAGCAGGUUCUUGGAAGCAAUUUAAGGUACCCCCCAAAAAAGUUGGAAAUAAAAAAAAAUCUAAUUUAAAACAAAGAAAUACCCUGUGAAAUGCCAAAUGAGUCACUCCUUUUACCUUUGUGGGGUGGGCAGGGAGGGAGGAAUAACUGGGGUUGGACAUAUCAAACUAAAGAUCGAACUCCUGGUUUUGCAUUAAGACAUUAAUGUAGUGGAUAUAAUUUGAUGGUUGUACUUAAUUAGAUUUAAUUUCUAGGCCAAGAUAUUAUUUUUAAAGUGCAGUUUAAGGUUCAGGCAUGCAUUCUGGCUCAUAGUGAUUGAAAGUAAAUUAGUGGGAAAGUAAGUAGCAUGCUUGCAUCACGUAGAGUGAGGUUGGUAUUCAUUUACCUCUGUUGCGCCAGUUUGUGUUGCAGUUUACCAAUUCAUUAUAGCCCUGCAUUUAAAAUUCCUUUUUAAGAUUUGUGGGUUUUAUUUUUGUUAAGAAUAUAGAUAUAUAAAGUACUGUAGUUUACAGCUAGGCCUUGAGAUAUCUUAUUAGGAUCUGUUAGGAGUAAGAUUGAUAUUGUACUGUGUGUAACCUGCACAAUGUGGAAAGCUGAUAUACCUGUGCAAAAUCUUUGCCUCUGUGCUGUCAGUGUGAUGUGCUUUCUGCAUGGUUAUAUACUACUAGUGAUUUUAUCAAAACCGCUAAAACUCAAAUUACA